AUGCCGAACACCUGUUCGAAUGGGCAGCAGCUGCACACCUCGCCUGUAAUGCGUGCCACUGGCGACUCUGAUAUGACGGCGCCGAGUGGAGGAGGAGGAGGAGGAGGAGGUGUGGGUGAUGGUGUCACACACGUUCUCGGAUCACCAGGGGACGGUGUCGGUGGCGCCGGGCUGCAGCCGCAUCCACUGCGACGGCAGUUUGGUCUUCACAGAUGCGCUGAUGCAUUCGGCGGCGACGAAGGAAACGCAUCCGCAGCACCAGCCAGAGUAGUAACCCCGGAAUCAGGUGGUGGUGCACAUCGCAGUGGUGAGGUCGAUGUCUGCGUCUCUUCCCUCAGCUUCACACAGCGCCACGCGCAGUUCUCGAGGUGUGGGCUGCUUGGUGGUGUCAGUGAGCCCCUGCGGACAGUCGAGUGCGGCCUUACUGGCGCAUCCUCCACAACGCAAGAGCUGAUGGCAUCGGGGUCAACAGUCGCAGCGACAGAGAAACAUUUUCUAUCUUCUUCGGCGCCAUCGCUCUCCCUCUCUUUGCAAGAGAAGCCCCACUCCGCUAUCGUGGCGCCCACCAGCCGGGGGAGCAACGCAGCCGCAACAGUAGGCAGUCGCACCCACCCAUUCGCGGCAGCAGUCAGUGAUAGCGGUACCGCCAGCCGUAGUAGCAGCUUCGGUGAUGCUCGCACAGCUGGGGGCAACGGCUCGGGAGAUGUGUACGGUGGCCACAUUGUAAAGCCGCUGCUGCGGUCGAGAAGCGGGCGGAGCGGCGCCAGCAGCAGCGGCGGCGGCUUCUUCAAUGGGGGUGCAGAUGGCGAUGGGAACGAUGCAGGUGAAUCGAUUGCCCUUCAAGCGGCCGUCGACGCGGCUGUGCGCUUCGACGACCUCGCGAGUGAGGACGACAUGGUGGGCAGAGGCGGUGAGAGGCGCGCGUUUCUGCACGCCGACACCACAGCGCUUUCUCACUUGCUUGCAGAGGCUCACGACAGCGACGACGACACGUUCACGUGCACCCCCUGUACGAACGUGGAUCUCCUGAGCCCUUUUAGCAUGCCAGGCUGCCGCGGGGAUAGUGGCAGCGAGCGGCAUUGGCCCCACUCCCCGCUGGCGCCAGACAUUCAGCAAUGCGGUUGCGAGGGAGACCGGAGCACUGAUGGCCGCCCACAGGAGCUGAGCCGCGCUGACUUCCUCGGUGUUACAUAUCCCUCAGCGGCAGUCGUCGCUUCCAAUCAGCGCGCCGCUAUUGGAGCUGCGAUUGCGUCCUCAUCGCUACCAUAUUUAGCGGCUUCUGGCAACGCGAUCGUGCCGCCGCUGCAGUCCAUGCAGCCACGGACUUCGCCAGCCGCUGUUUCUAUCACUAACCCAACGCCCACCGUGACGCCGCUACCGACAGGCUAUGCAGCUGCACACAUGCAGAAACACCAGCCACGCUAUUCCUAUUUCAUGACAAGCGCUAGCGCGGUACUCAACCCCGCCAUCCCGACACCCUCUUUGGCCUCGCCGCAGCAACCCUCGUUGUCUAUGCCGCCCUCUAUGAGCGGGGUGCCGCAGGCACUUCCACCGCAACGGCCGCGCCACCGACACCGCCAGUGCUCCUCCUCGAUGCAUCCUUCGCCGCAUAGCUGCAAAACGCCGCCGAUAGCGGUGACGCACAUCUUCCCUGCUAGUGCGACUGCGAUAGCAGCGGCGGGCAACAUGAGCAGGUUCUGGCUCGUCUCACCGCCGCAGCCAUCGAUCGCGGCAGCUCACCAUUGCCCCAGUGCCAGUGGGGCCCCGAUGGGCGGCAGCGCUGCUGUACAGAACGGCGCCGACGUUAACUUUGCCCUUCCGUCAGGCACAGUGGGCAGUGGGACGAGUGCUGGUGUUGGUGCGCAGACGCCGAGCAACUCGCUUUUAUCUUCCCCUGGCGUUCAGCCGUUUUACAUGUAUCAGGUGCCGCAGGCAACACUCGCAGUGGAGCCACAGCAGGCGCAACAACAGCCGCCAGGAAAUACUAACGUGCUGCUCUACUCCCCACCGCAGGCGUAUGUUGGGUCAGGCCAGGUGGUGGCGGCACAUGUGGCUUCGGUGUCGCCCAGCACGGCUGCCGUGCUGGGCGACUCGACGCAACCACGUUCGCCGUCACCCCCGACCAUCUCGUAUCACCUUUCUGCCGCCACGCCGCAGCACCACCAGCAGGUCAUCGGAGGGUACAUCCUGACGCCGAGUGCCAGCGCCGCUGCCGCCGCUGCUGCAGCUGCCACCCCGUCGGAGGAGUCCAGUCGCCCGUCUCGUAAUUUAUAUUUUCGAAAUCUCCCCCUUUCGUGGAACACCUCAAUGCUGCGCGAGCUCUGCAGCCGCUACGGCGCUGUCCUCUCAGCCAAGGUAGCGCACCACUCGACGACAAACGAGUCGCUCCGGUAUGGUUUCGUGUUAUUUGAGCAGAAACAUAGCGCGGUGACUUGCAUGAUGAUGCUGAACCAGGCGCAUGUCCGCGCGGAGGGCGAGGAGCCGCGCACGCUGUUCGUGCGGAUGGCUCACGCAACGGCCGCGCCAGGCUUCCAGGAAGAGGGUGCCAGUGACAGCGUCAGCUCCAGCCUUUGCCAACCGAUGGAGUCGACGCCGCUUUCGGGCUUGGCGAACCGGGCAGUCACGGUUGGAGGAAGGCUGCCACAGCGGGUCUUCCAGCAGCAGCAGCAGCAGCAGCCGGCGAAUGGGCUCCUCUCCCCGCGCGCACCACUGUCCGGCUCUGAGUCGAUAAUGCUACUGCCACUUGGCUCUGCGCCGAGGUUUCCCAGCUGCGAGCUAACCAGUGUUAGCCCAGGCGACGAACAUCGGGGACAGGCGCGCCGCCACUCAAUCGGCGACAGCAUCAAGACGAACGCGAAUGACUCGUUAGACAUCUCGUGCGCCGGCGGCGACUCGCUGCGGUGCACUUCUCCAGUCGGCGGCGCCAGCAAGAGCAGCACCGUGGCCGCCUCCAGGGAGUCUAUACCGUCAUCCUUCUCCGAGGUACGCAACUUCAUAAGCGCCAAGGGAUCGGCGAAGACCUCGGCGUCGCCACUGCGAGGCCUUCCUCGCUUUCCCUCAGAGAGCAAGACACUGUCGGUGUUGUCUCCCUAUCCAACACACCAACAGCAGCGGCAGCAGGAGCAGGAGGGCUCUCUCUCCUACUCAUCCGCGUCGGCGACCAGGGCCUUCACGGCCGGAGCGACCGCCAUGGCAGCAGCGGCGGCCCAGCGUGCAGGCUACCGUUUCUGUAGCCCUCUCUCGCUCUCCCCCAGUGACACCGCCUCCCUGCUGCUCUCACCAUCAGUGCCGCGCUCGAGCGUGCAGCUGCCGCGUUCGUGUCACACGCCUUCGGCCUCUGCAUUCGUCCACGCGUCCUCGACAAAGCCCGCCCCCACCGGCACCGGCACCGGCACCGCCUCCGCCACCAUGUCCACCCGCAACGUGUACAUCACGAACCUCCCUCUCACGUGGAACACAACGAAGCUGCGCGAGCUGUGCAGCCAGUACGGCGAGAUUGUCUCCGCGUCAGUGGCGCAUCACCCGAAGACGAACGAGUCGCGCGGCUACGGCUUUGUCCUGUUUGCGGACGAGCGCGACGCGGCCUCCUGUGUCGUGACACUGCACCAGCACCACGUGCCGAACUCGCCGAAUGUGCUGAGCUGCCGCUUUGCGAAGGACAAGGCGACGCCGUCCAUCGCCUACACGCUCCUGUCGCAGGCACAUGAGCCCGGAACCGAUUCGCUUGACAGUGGAAGCGGUAGUCCCCUUCUCGCUUCUGCCGUAGGUGGACGGCCUACUACUUCCACGUCCAAGACGAUGGCGCCGAUGGUCUCGAAGGGGGGCUAUGCUGAGGUAUUGGAGCGAAUCCCCGCUAGCAAUGAUAGCGACGACGGCACCAGCGGUAGCGCCAGGGAUGCAGUCUGCAUGCCGAUUGACGUCUUCUGCACGCUGCAGCAGCGGAUGCGUAUGCGGUGUGCGCAGAACAUCAGCGAGCAGCAGAAGUCGAAGCGCAACGGUAUGGAGGACGACAGCGGCCCCACGAGCGCUGCGGCGAUGGCCGAUGUGGAGUCGGAAGGGCUCGAGAAAGUGAUGCGCUGCUGCGUCGUCUACGGCGCUCAGGUGCCGACACAGGGGUAUGGCUGCGUGCGCCCCGUGGACUGCCGCAAUACCUCUUUUCGCAGGGCUGUCACUCGAUCGCACGCCGUCGGCGCUGUCGGUGACGCAGCGCAGCUGCUCAGUGGGCCUCCUGCAGAGCUGUUGACGCCGAUCUCAUCGGGGCUGCAAUCAGCUGGCACCACCCUCUCUGCAGAACAUGGUGACCCGCGUGUGAAAAUUGCUGGUGCCACCGACGCCGCCGCGCCAACGACAUCGUCGGAGACGGUGGUGUGCACGUAUGCAAUUGCCGUUGGCCGUGUGCAGUCUGCUUCCCCCGCACUCGCCGGUACAGUCGCUAUGCCGGCAGUCUCCAGCACCAGGCGCCGCAUUAGCGUCGAGGUGCCAUACGAGCAGCCGCACAGAGUCGGCACGUCAGACGUGGAGAGCGUGAAUCGGGUCGAGACACCAGAGAUGAUGACAUCGCCAGCCACUCCACCGGAGCUGUGGUACACCUGCACGCUCUUCACUACUCCUUUAGCUGCCGAAGCAUUCGUGCGGGAGGCCUCUAAGGCAACCACAGGAUCCGUCGCCACCAUAGACACCGAGCGAGGCGACUUCAGCACCAGUGGCGGUGGCAAUGCGGGCGCGUCGAUGGAGCAGUUCCCCUGUAAAGGCAAGAACUCCGUGCCGGUGACCUCCUCCUCCUCUUCAUCGCCGGCUGGUGAGAAGACGGCCGGCAAUCAAUCGAUGCGGUUUGGGCUUCGGGAUCGGGUAAUGGUGCUCAGCAGCGCACCGUUGGCGAUGCCGGCGGCCACCCCCUCCACCUCCUCUGCGAAUACCACGACAGCUAAUUGCGCGCGCCUGCUCACUACAGAGGAGUUGUAUUCACAACGAAGACCCACAAUCACACCUCAGCAGCAGCAGCAGCCGAUAAUGUGCUUGCCGUCCCCCGCCGACGCUUUCCUCCGCUCUCCGCUAUCGCACGCUGCACACUACACGUGCCCACGGGUGAAGUUGGCAAGCCCUACUGCUGGAGCAUCACUACUGAGUCCGACACCGAUGAUGGUGGUGGGCGGUGACGGUGAUGGCAGCAGCAACCCAGUGGGAUCGUUGGCUUUUCCGCAAGGCCUUGGGAUCAGCGCUUCCACCGGUGCGUCUGGCUGGUAUCCGUCAGCGACAGCAGCGGACUACGCCUAUCUGCUUGACUCUCCUUCGUCCUCCUUGUCCAUUAAUGUGAGCACGGGAACGCACAUCCUCUCCGACUUGGCGAUGCCGCCGCUGGGGGUGGGGCUGAACGUGUCAAACGUGUCGAGUCCCCACUCGGCGGUGUUCAAUGCGGCGGGGCCGGGCAGCCGUCCAGGCCGUCCGGCAUCAACGGCGCCCGCUCCCGCCGACGUCUUUGCCGCUCCGCUGACACCCACUUAG